GUCACAUUAAUUGUGAAAUCGUCAAAGUGUGUGUGCGUUCUCUGUGGAAAAAAUCUAAAAGUGUAUUGUUGAACUAAUUAAACGUCUUUGAUUUAAAUAAAGAAGAAAAAUGGCCCGUACUAAGCAGACCGCCCGUAAAUCGACUGGAGGAAAGGCUCCUCGUAAGCAGCUGGCCACCAAAGCUGCCAGGAAGUCAGCCCCGUCUACCGGUGGCGUCAAGAAGCCCCAUCGUUAUCGUCCCGGCACUGUUGCCCUUCGUGAGAUCCGUCGCUACCAGAAGUCGACUGAGCUGCUCAUCCGCAAGCUGCCGUUCCAGCGUCUUGUUCGUGAAAUUGCUCAAGAUUUCAAGACAGAUCUCCGUUUCCAGUCGGCUGCCAUUGGUGCCCUUCAGGAAGCAUCUGAGGCCUAUUUGGUGGGCCUUUUCGAGGACACGAACUUGUGCGCCAUCCACGCCAAGCGCGUCACUAUUAUGCCCAAGGACAUUCAGUUGGCGCGCCGCAUCCGUGGCGAGCGUGCUUAAGGAGGAGAAGUAUGAUCACAGUGGAGUGUAACAAUUCCCUUUGCAAUGCACGCGCGACCGCUGCUCCGCUACACAAAACAACAACAACAAGCGGCAGAUGCAGCAGCAACACAAACACAAACAUCAUGCAAAUGGUCGCGCCACAUUGAAGGGGAACUCAAAACAAGUUGAUUAAUCAUCCAUUUCAAAACUUACAUGUAUACACUUACCAUCUUUGUUUUCGAGUUAAGAUUAACUUAGGUAGAGGCAGUUUUCUUGAAUGAAAUUCGUUCUAACUGCUGGCAAAUUGGGCCAGCGCCAGCACAUACAAAAACACACAGCCGGGCGGGCGCCCGAUUGCCGGCAAAAAGAGAUGGCCCCUGAAAAUUUAACUUAAACAUACAUACACAUAUGCGCGUAACACUUAUUAUUAUUGCUAUUAUAAUUGUACAUUAGAAUUUAAGUUUAUUUUUCUAUAUAUAUAUACAUAUAUAUAUAUAUCAUUUAUAUCGUCGUCGCCGCGUCGCUCUCUCAUCUCAUCGAAUUGAGAUCCAUCCCAUCCUUCUGGCCGCGCCGCUCUUGUCGUCUCGAACAUCGCCACCACAUCUCCAACUGGCGUGGACGAUGCCCUGUUUGCCGGCAGUGCCCAUCCACUAAUUGCCCUGCGCAGUAGCCCCCGAAAGAAGCUGCUGCAUGGGGCAUGCUGCGUUGACACCACCCGAGCGCGUGUGAAAGGGGACUGCCGGUAAACGGCAAGUGAGCAUCGUUUGCGUGUGGCAAGGCGACAGGAAGGUGCGACCAGGUGGCAAUACCGGGCCAGAGAGCGGAAUCCAUGUGGGCAAGCGAACAGGCGGCGCUAUAAACAUUAUAGACACCCAACUUUAACAACAACCAACAACAAGAACAUCUGAAAAUGAUAUCCAAUAUAACACCGAAGACCGAAUUGAAUACACUUAUUUCUAAACAUACAUAUAUACUACAUAUAAAACGUAAAGAAAGCAUACA